AUGGGGCAUCCAGACAAAUUCGUGCGCAUCAUCGGCACUGCCAUAUUCGUGCAGAGCCGUGUGGACGUGAAGUGCGAGUUCUACGAUUUCUUCAGGGACGCCAAAUUCUCUUUGUGGUGGUUGCCAGAGGUGAACAACAUGUGCAGGCUGCGUCCCACGACCACCGCCAGCUCGGGCCAGGACGGCGGCAUGAACUUCAACUUCGCCCUGCACAGGACAGUCAACGUCUCGGAGGUGGUGCUGAGCCAUAACACCAUGCCGGACAGCACCAACGUCAUCGCGGUGGCGAGCCCCGUCUUCCAGGGGGCUAUCGCUUCGAGGGAGCCCACUUCCCCGGCCACUACCUCGCGUACAAGCCGCCCAACCACCUCCGCAUGGUGGGCGGCGUCGUGGACGAGACCACGUCGAUAG